UUAAUUUAUACAAGUGUAUUUUACAUGUACAAGCAUUAUAUUACUAAGGUGGUGGAAGAUGACGGUCGAGUGUCUCCUGCUAGCGCGGAUGACGUCACCGACCGACCCUCCUCCACUAAGUCCGGUGACAGCGACUAUCCAGAGCCUAGCACAAAGCAAGUGUCAACUGACAAGGACACGACCAGUCCAGAGAGCAAUAGUCUCCUGGACCCGUCGGUACUGUCUGACUUCACGACUCAAGCUCUUGUACUGACCGUACUCGCUACACUAGUUAAAUACACGACAGGUGAGUUAUGCUGUUGUAGAUAAUAAUAUGUAAUUAUAUAAAGAACAGGAUGCUAUAGCUGCACUACCGCUUAACUUAGUUUACUUAGCUUCAAGUGAAGAAUCAUUCGUUUAAAAGUCGAUAUUAACCCAAUAUCUAACUCACUUACUCGCUUUAAUUCUAUUGAUAUUUGAGUGUGUUUGGUUCAAUCUGAUGCUAAUUAAAUCGUAGCCUAUGAAUGGUAUUGAACUUUGAGUGCACUUGACUGAAUCCGGUACCAAUUAAAUCGAAGCCAAUCGAGUUACGCAAUAUACCUGCUACCCGGCUUUUGGCAACUCUUUUAAGAAUACUCAUACUGAUCGAUUCCCCAGUACGAGAUAACCCGACCUUAUUAACAGUACACGAAAUACACUUUAUUUCUUCCAGACGAAGAUGAAAUAAGAAUACUGUACCAGUAUCUAGCUGAGGGUUCGGUGGUGUUCCCCAAAGUGUUCCCAGUGAUGUGAGUACAUACUUUAUUACUUUAA